CUUCAUCUAAUGCACUGGAACUCCACGCUGUACAGCAGCAUUGAUGAGGCAGUAGGGAAGAAGCACGGCAUAGCUAUUAUUGCUUUGUUUGUGCAGAUAGGAAAAGAACAUGUAGGCCUAAAGGCUGUCACUGAAAUUCUCCAGGACAUCCAGUACAAGGGAAAGUCCAAAACAAUACCCUGUUUUAAUCCCAACUCUUUAUUGCCAGACCCUCUUCUGCGUGACUACUGGGUGUAUGAGGGCUCUCUAACCAUUCCGCCCUGCAGUGAAGGUGUCACCUGGAUAUUGUUUCGCUAUCCUUUGACCGUGUCCCAAGUGCAGAUAGAGGAGUUUCGUCGUCUGAGGACGCAUGUUAAAGGUGCUGAACUUUUAGAGGGCUGUGAUGGAAUCCUAGGAGAUAACUUCAGACCGACUCAGCCACUUAGUGAUAGAGUCAUCAGGGCUGCAUUUCAGUAGCAGA